AUGCAUCCUCUACUUCUAUUCAGCGUCCUCAUCACCACCUUAAUCCACCAAGCCACCGCACUGAGCCGUAGAGCCCCAACACACAUCGCAAUAACCCCCAACUUCCUCCCCCUCACAACCGUCCCCUACGCCCACCACCUCAUCCCGCCUUCGUCCCUCCACCUUGCCCACCACCGCCACAACAACACCAACAACUCCACCAUACAUGCCCGUCAACGCCCCUUCCCCACCGCACCCCUCCAAAUACCUCUCCUCACCCUCGGCGGGCGCAUCUACAUAACCACCAUAACCAUCUCCUCGCAGCUCUUCUCCGUUGUGCUUGACACAGGUAGCUCAGACACCUGGGUCACUUCCUCCUCUUUUCGCUGUCUCGAUUCAGUAUCCUACGCCGUCAUUGAUACACAGUACUGUGGUUUUAACCGCACUUUUGACACGAGCAGUUCAAGGACGUGGAGGGAGGUGGAAGGGUGGCAGUUUGGUGUUAACUAUACUGGGGGAGAGUUUCUUGUUGGGGAGUUGGGGUGGGAUAUCUUAGGUGUGGGUGGGGAUGGAGGAAAGGGAAGACUGAGUGUUAAUCAAACGGUGGGGGUUGUGGAGAGUGAGUUUUGGGUUGGUGAUGGUAUUAGUUCUGGACUCAUGGGGUUGGCGUAUUCGGCGUUGGUGAGUGGGGCGAGGGAGUUGAGGUAUAGGAGUGUUAUGGUCAGUCUAACACAAGCAACAUCCCAACCCCAAAUCUUCAGCCUGGCACUCGACCACACUACAGACGGAAACUCCAGUCCAGGCGGCCAGCUAGCUAUCGGUGGUAUACCUAACGUGCAGCAUGAUGGCAACUGGGUCACCGUGCCUAUCCAACCGAUUGCGAAAAACGUCUACGCAUAUUACGCUAUCAACAUCGAUGGCUUCGAUAUCACAUCACCAAUAUCUUCUCCGUGA